AGAAAAUAUAUGUGCCUCUGAAUACUUUAUGAAUCAUGAGAACCAUAAAUAAAUAACUGAUGCAACAGUAAGACUUCUCGUCCUUCUCUGUAGUGAAACCCAGAGUCAGACUCAUGAGGAAGACACUUACAGACUCUCAAGGGCUUCAGAUCAGCUGUCUGGCCACUGGUUUUUACCCCCGUCACAUUAACCUGACUCUGUUCAGAGAUGGUCAGCCUGUGGAUGAUGAUCAGAUCACAGGAGGAGAGAUUCUGCCCAACGGAGACGGAACUUACCAGAUGAGGAAGAGUUUGGUGAUCAGCGCAGAAGAACUACGUGAAAAACAUAAAUACAACUGCACAAUGAAGCACCUCAAUCUGGACAACAAACUGGACAUUACAUUUGUUUCAGAUGUGGCUGAAUGUGACCCAGGACCCUUCAGUCUGUCUGUAGUUAUCAGUGUGCUGGUGUUACUGUGUGUGGCUGUUCUCAUCAUAACUGCACUCAUCAUCUGGAGGAAGAAGAGACGUGCUGCUGGACGAGUCUCUGAGAUGUCACAGUGUAAAUACUUCCCUACUCCAUCUUCAAGAUGAGGUUGAGAUGAUAUGUGCAAAACUAAACUACAAAAAAAACGACUUUCUCAAUGAUAUUUGAUUAAAAUGACAAAGCACAAUCUGCACAGACCCCUAUGACCAGCUUUGUCUCCACACCAGCACUAAGAAUCCAAUCAUGAAGCAGAAGGAACUGGAUUAAAUAUUUUGAAUGCUACCAAUAUCCACAAUCUGACUUCUGACUUGUGAUGCAGCCUGAAUCAUAAUCAUAUAAUGUUUGUUCGUUAGCCAGAGGAGAACUGGCCCCGCGACUGAGGCUGGCUUCUCCCAAGGUUUUUUUCUCCAUUUCUGUCACCUGAAGG